UUCUCCACUUUUGAACCGCUUAAGUUUACCUAUCCGGUUGCACGACUUAAAAAACUACAUUUCCCAGAAGCCAACGGCUUUGAAGUACUGUUAACGGAUAUUCUGGCUGUUGGCCUGGCAGUCUUGCAUCAACAACAGCGCGAAGCCGCACGAGAACAGCUGUGUGUUCGCUGCGCACAAAACACCGAGCCGUGAUUGUUGCUGACAGACAUGUCAGAAACAUCAAGUGAUGCAGAGUUGUCCUGUGGCUGGACCAUUAUCAGUAAUGAGGGUUCAGAUAUAGAGACACUGGGAUCGGAGGCUGUGGGCGAAUACGGAGCUGAGUUCUUAGAGCGCCCCGCUUUGGAAGAAUCACAGCCACUUGAAUCACGAGGCUCAGCAUCUGCUGGUACAAAUCUUGCCCUACAUGUUGAGGAAAACGCUGCCAACUCUCUUGAUGACGCACUGGGGGAGCAGCCUGGAGAUGAGACACUGCAAGGUCCUGAGACUGCAGACGGCGCUUCAGUUGGAGUUUUCUCCUCAAGCGAUCACUCUGACAUUGUGACUCUGAGAGACCUGGAGGAGGGCCAGCCUGCAGAGGAGGAGGAGGAGGCGGCGGCAGCAACCAGCACAGAGGAGCUUUACCUCGGCACCUCCAGUAGCAGUCAUUAUACCUUCACUGCCUCAGACAUCGCUUUCCUAGCGCAACAUCCAGCAGCGACCAGCUCGAGCAGCAGUGAAGAUGAGGUCGUGCGAAGCUCCAGUCCCAUCGUACGAAGAAGAAGGGUUAGGAAAAAUACCCCGAGCGCUGUGACUGAUCCAGAGGAAGAGGAGGAGGUGCUGCCAGAGUCUCGAUGCGGGGAUGAAGAGGUGAAGGAAGAGCAGCAGCAGCAGCAGGCUGAUGGGGUGGAGGUGAGGCUGGAUGCUGCUCAUGAGGGCCGAGAGCAAGGCAGAGGUGGGAGCGGCCUUAACAAAUGCGUCCUCCUCGCCAUCAUUAUCGCCGUCGGCAUGGGUUUUGGCCACUUCUACGGCACGGUCCAGACUGAAAAAAGGCAGAAAAGCAGAGGGAUUGAGAACGCAGACGUGCGGGAGCUUCUGAAGCAGCAUGUCAGAGAUCAGCAUUUAACAAAGCAGGGGAGCGACUUUGGCCAAGAUGACUUAAAUGAGCAGCAGAUUAUUCAUUUGCUGUCAGAAGUGAUUGACAGAGUCAUGCAAGAAAACCAGGAGCUCAAAGCAGAACAUGUUCGCAUCCAGGUCCAGAGAGAUGAUCUGGAGGAGCUGCUGAAACAAGCGAAGGAGGACAGGACAAACAUCAUGUCUCAACAGCAGAGUCUAACAGAUGACAACGCCCGGCUGAGAAGCUCCCUGGAGCGCCAAGAAACGUCUUUGACCGUCUUACAGGAGGAGCUGAGAAACCUGCGCUCCGAGAUCCAAGAUCUGGAGGCGAGGGGAGCAGAGGCCGAUUCGCUGCUGUCAGAAAACCAGAGGCUGAAAGAGCAGAUGGAGGAGGAGCAGCAGAUGAUCAGAGACUUUCACAUUCAGAGGGAAGACAUGACGGGAGAACUUCACACGCUGAGGAGGAAGUUGGAGAGAGAGAGGGAGGUCACGGAGGAGCUGAGGGGAGAGCUAAGUGUUCUGAGGAGUCACGUUUCUGAGUCUGGGAAGGACGGUGGGACAGAGGCAGAGGAUCUGGAGAGACGUCUGAUGGAGAUGGAGAAGAGGCUGAGCUUCGAGCAGCAACGCUCCGACCUGUGGGAGCGGCUCUAUGUGGAGACCAAAGAAGAAACGGCCAAAGGAGACCGAGAAUCCAAAACGAAGAGAGCUAAACAGGGAAUGGCGGGGAAAGUGAAGGAGACGUUUGAUGCCGUGAAGAACUCCACCAAGGAGUUUGUCCACCACCAUAAGGAGCAGAUUAAGAAAGCCAAGGAGGCCGUGAAGGAAAACCUGAGGAAGUUUUCUGAUUCUGUAAAAUCCACUUUCAGGCACUUUAAGGAUUCGGCCUCGACGUUCAUCAACAAGGCCCGGGGAUUUUAUAACAAGAAAUGUGACAAAACAAACACAGGCGAGCCGUGGCAGCGCCGAACACAGAAACCCCAGCACAGAUCUGCUUCCUCCCAGAACGACCGCAACACACGGAAAUCAGCCGGGAAGGUUCUGGAGGACCAGGAUGAGGGCACCCAGAGGAGCAGCGUGAAAAGAUGCUCCGGGGUCUUUGACUGCGCCUACCAGGAGUCCAUGAGCCUCUUCAACAAAGCUGCUGAACCAAUCCGAGCCGACGAGUUCAACCUCCUGCUGCAGAGCUACCUGCAGCAGGAGGUGGGCCACUUCUACCACUGGAGCGAGCUGGGCACGUUCAUCGACGGUUUCUUUCACGAUGGACUCUUCAUCCACGACCGCAUGCUUUUCACAGACUUCGUAAGCAGAGUGGAAAACUAUCUGGCCGGCAUGCACGAGUAUCACGGCCUAGACGACGACGUGUUUGGAGACUUCGACGACUACAUCUACAGGCACUUCUUCGGAGAAGGCUACACCAAAAGCUACGGCCCGCGAGGACCGUUUCGGGGACCUGACCCCGGCUCCAAGGAACACUGGAGAGCGAGGCCCCAGCAGAGGAAGCAGCCCAGGGGAAGAUCUCGUCCUCAAUGUGCCCGCAGGUGGAGCCGGUCAGGAAGGAGCGCAGACACACACAUGGCUGACGUUAAAAUCGAGCUGGGCCCAAUGCCCUUUGACCCCAAAUACUGAAAAGAAGAAUUUGUCACGAAUGCUGUUUCCCCUUUAAAUUUUGGGAUUUAUUUAGACGCACACUCGUGUUUUUUUUUUUUUUUUUGUGUUUUUUUUGUCAAGUUUGCACAAUCUUUUUCAAGCUACUGAACAUCCCAGAACUGUUGUGUGUUUAACAAUUUAAAGGUUUUUGUAGAAGAUCCGACACUUGGCUGGUUUGGGUUGAACUCUUGGAUCGUUUCCUGCUGGGUUAACAUCCAUACUUUACAUAAAUUCAUUAGUUUAGUAACAAAGUCAAUAAAAAUAUCAUCUAACCUAAUAUAAAACGUGACACCAUGCCAAACUCAGUCCAGGUUUACUGUAUUUUUUGGACUAUAAGUCGCACUUAAAAUACUUAAAUUUUA